AAAUCGCUGUUCCUCAGGAGAGCAGCAGUGGCAUAUGAUUGGUUGAAAUUACAUUCUAAGAGUAUCUAAAUUUAAAUGUCUAAUCACAUGAUGUUUGACCUUAUUAUUAAAUAAUUAAUAAUCUUAUUUCCAUUGAUUUAAAAUAUGUAAUUAAAAUUUUGACAUAAAUCAAAAAUUAAACCAAUCACAUACAGAAUUUAUUUCGUCUUUUAACUUAGCUUUUAAAAACUGAUUCAAGUACUAAUUAUGAAGAUAAAACACCGAGUAUUUGGGACACUCAUUGUCACAAAGAACCAUGCCCCGUAAAAGAUAGUACCAGUGGAGAUGACACUUGCGAAUCAUUCAAAUACUACAAACGUGAUCUGGAGAUGAUAAAAUUUUUGGGAUUCCACUUCUACAGAUUUUCCAUAUCAUGGCCAAGAUUACUUCCUGACGGAUUUACAAACAGAAUCAGCGAGACCGGCCGCGAAUACUACAAUAAUCUGAUCAACGGAUUACUUGAAAAUAAUAUUGAACCGAUAGUUACUUUGUAUCAUUGGGAUCUGCCGCAGACACUUCAAGAACUCGGAGGUUGGAGCAAUCCUCUCAUAGUGGACUGGUUCGGUGACUACGCCGCUGUCGCAUACCAACUUUUUGGAGACAGAGUUAAAACCUGGAUAACGAUCAAUGAACCGAAACAAAUCGGUGUUUUCGGUUACGGAAUGACCAGAAUGGCUCCAGCCCUAAAUAUAUCCGGGAUAGCAGAUUAUAUAGCUGCUAAAAAUAUGGUGUUAGCACAUGCCCGAGCCUGGCAUAUAUACGAUAAACAAUUUAGAUCUACCCAAAAAGGGACAUGCGGCAUCACCAUAGCAACCGAUUUUCGUGUCGGACUAUCUGAUUCUCGUGAUGAUGUCGAAGCUGGUCUCGACGCUAUGGAUUUUGAAGUAGGAUUAUACAGCCAUCCUAUAUUCACAUCAAAGGGUGGUUUUCCUGAACGAGUUAUCCAAAGAGUAGCAGAAAAAAGUAAAGAACAAGGUUACACUAGAAGUCGACUACCAGAUUUUAGUGACGAAGAAAUCGAGUACGCUAAAGGAACCAGUGAUUUUUAUGGCUUCAACCAUUAUUCGACGAAAUUUUUCACAAGGGACACUUACACGCCUGGAAAACAUCCAAUACCCUCGUAUGAUGAUGAUAUUGGUGCAGAUUUUACUUACUUGGACUAUGAAAAGGGUGCAGUGCCUCAUGUCACAGUAAUUCCACACGGAAUCAGAAAAGCCUUGAAAUGGGUGAAAGAAAACUGUAACAAUCCACCAAUAAUGAUAACCGAGAAUGGUUUCGCCACUUUUGGCGGUUUGGAAGAUAUGGAUAGAAUAUUCUAUUUUAGGAAAUAUCUCUACUCAAUUUUGGACGCCAUUGAAAUUGACGGCUGCAAUGUUACGUCAUAUACAGUGUGGAGUUUAAUGGACAAUUUUGAAUGGGAUAGUGGAUUAAGUGUUAAAUUUGGACUAUUCGAAGUCGAUUUUGACGAUGAAAAGAAGACUAGGACGGCAAGAUUGUCGGCGUUGUGGUUUAAAAGACUCAUAAAGACAAAAUAUCUAGAUCUGGAACACAUACCGGAAAUGGAAGAGAAAAUCCACUUUUAAUAUAUAAUAAACAUUAAAUAAAACAUCAUACAAAUAUAUUAUGCAAUUUUCUUCAUAAAAAUGUUUUCUCAAAAUGUAUUUUAAUGGAAAUUAUUUGCCAGUGAAAACAAUCCUAAACUACAUAAUAAAUUAUUUUAUUUAUUCAA